UUGUAAUCAUUUUUCUGGCCGAUACCUAAAAAAUGGCGGCAAAAUAUGUGGAAAAAAUGGAUCCAAUGGAUGAAAUCAAAUCAGUAUUAAAUGAUUUGAAUGAAUUGAAUGAAGAGGUCAUUGAAUUUAAGGGAACCGAUCGUAAUAUGAAAUACAGAUUAAUCAAUGAUAUGCUGAGCCGUUGUAUGACUAGACUAUACACUAUUGACACCGACGGCGGCAAUGAUGAUGGCGUCCGUAUGUCCCGUAGAGCAGCCGUUGUCGCCGUCCAGAAGUGUAUUGAUUUGUUGGAUAAAAAAUUAGACGAAAAUACUAAGAGACAAAAACUGAGUAUAACUGAUGGCAAUGACAAACCGAUUGCCGAGAUAUCGACUACGGGACCAAUUGCUGUGGCCAUAGAAAAAAAUAUUUUCCAAUUAAGUGAAUGUGAUAUUAAUAAAAAUAAAGCCAUCAUAUUGAAUGAUAAAUUAAAUAAUCAGUCAAAAUUAGGUAUUACUGAAAAUAAUGACAAACCUAUUGAUAUGUUAUCGAUAAUUGAACCAAUUGAUGUGAUCAUAAAUAAAAAUGCUACAAAAUUAAAUAAACAAAUUGAUGAAAUUGUCAUAAAAUUAGAAAAAUUCGAUCACCAGGAAAAUAAGUCAGAGAUUACUAUGUUAUUAUUGGGUGAGUCGGGUGUCGGCAAAUCAACAUUUAUUAAUGCAUUUGUCAAUUAUCUAAUGUUUGACAAAAUGGAUGACGCGAUUAACCGAUCAGUUUGUUUGAUACCCGCAAAGUUUACACUAACGGAUUGGGAAACUGGAGAAAGUAAGGUCUGUACGUUUGGUUCGCCGAGUGAUACGGAAAAUACUGAAAUAACCAGUGAAUCGGCCACACAAUACCCCCGAUGUUAUACAUUUGAUUUUGGCGACUAUCGGCUCAAUAUUAUCGAUACGCCCGGUAUUGCCGAUACUAAAGGAUUGGAUAAAGACAACCGAAAUAUGCAGAAUAUUCUGAACUUUAUAUCCAAUUACAACACAAUUAAUGGUAUUUGUGUACUAUUAAAGCCAAAUGAAGCAAAAGUUAAUGUAAUAUUCAAGUAUUGUAUACUUGAAUUGUUAUCUCAUUUGAACAAAUCGGCCGCCGAUAACAUAAUGUUUGUGUUUACCAACGCUCGGAGCACUUUCUAUGCACCGGGAGAUACAACUGUUGCACUCAAGGAUGUACUGAAUAAAGUUGGACAGUAUCCGCCAUAUGUUAACAUUAAGUUUGAUAAAACUAAUACAUUUUGUUUCGAUAACGAAUCGUUUCGUUAUUUAGUGGCCGUCAGUCAACCAAAUAAUAUUAAAUUUAAUGAAAAUAUUCAAAAUUUAUUUGAAACAAGUUGGGAUAGAUCAGUUAAUGAGUGCUUACGAAUGAUGCGAUAUAUAUUUGAUGUAAAGCCACACAAUGUUAGGGACACUUUAAGCAUCAAUGAGACCAAACGUACCAUUAAAUUGUUGACACAACCGUUGGCUGAUAUCACUGAAAAUAUUGCCGACAAUAUCAAGAAAUGUCAGAUACAGACGGAAAAAAUAUUACAAUUUAGAGGCAAUAUUGAAGAAUUGAAACGCGAACUCUAUAUACCAGUGGUUGAGAUCGAGUCUAAACCAUUGGAUCAUCCGAUGACUGUUUGUUCAGAUAAUAAUUGUUGUGAACUAAUGAAUAUUAACGGACAGGUAGUCAAACAUUAUAGACAAGUGUGUCAUAACAAGUGUUACUUAGAGUACGACGACGGAAAUGUUGUCGGAAAUGAAGGUCUAUUAGACUGUCAGGCAUUCAAUGAAUAUAAACUAAUAAGAACUAAAUUUAUUAAACCAGAAAAUGCAAAACUUUAUCCGGAUCAAAACAAAACUAUAACAGUAGAUCCCGAAACUGGUUUAAUGAAAGUUAAUAAAAGUAAACGUAUAAAGUAUGAUAAUUGUCAACAAUGUGGACACAGUUAUGAGACACAUCUACACAUCAAAUAUAAGACCAGAAAAGUAGAGUCAAAGCGCAGGGAUGAGAGUAAGUAUAAUAUGCUAAACAAUAAUAAGAAAGCAAUAAAAGCACAGAAAGAGAUUGUUGAGGAAUUGACGGACAGACAGUUAGAAUACGAAAAUGAGACCAAAAUAAUUACCGAUUGUAUGGCAAAGUUUGCCGCUUUUCUCAAACUGAAUGCAAUGACACCGUUUAACGACGCUUUCGAAGAUUAUGUCAAACAUCUGAUUAGAGUCGAAGAGUAUAACAUAUCACUUGUUCCGGGAGAAAGUCGACAAUCAGUGGAUCAGUUGAAAUCAAUAUUAAAACAAUACCAACACGAAAGAGAUAUCAUAUUGAAGUCAAUGAUAAAAGGUGUCAACUAUUGUACAGUCAAUUUGGAAGACAUUGAUAACUGUUUGAAUAAUUUGUAUAAAUUACCCAUUAAUGGACAUAAAAUACAGGAGCUGUUAAAUAUGCAAUUAAUUAUUUGCGACAAAAUACACACUAAUUUACAACAACAACAACAUGUUAUUAAAGUACCGGUUAAUAGUUCAAACAUUAUUGUAAAACUGGGUAAAAGUGUUUAUAAAGCUAUAAAACGAAAAAUAUUAUUAUAAAUAUAAAAAACAGUAAUAAUACAAAAUA